AUGGCAAAGAAGCAGCAUCCACCACAGUCAUGGUGGAAGCAGUAUGAAAUUGCUGUGAAAGGUUUGUUCGGUAAGCACAUUUCAGUCACCUUACACCUUAAGCUAGGGGUGAUUAUAUUGAUCACAUUUUGCACUUUUUCAGUUACCUAUGAACAUGCCCGGAAAAAGCUAAAUGACAGUCAGUUCCAUUCAGACCUGGCCAGUGAAACUGAAAUGCCCCCAUUGAAGAGGCGUAGACGGCCACCAGCAGUCUGGAGCGACUCUGACAGUGAAGAGGAGGAGGAAGACUCUGCCACAAGCCAGCCAGGACUGCCACCCAUCCAAAAUAAUUUUACAUCUGGAAUAACCUCGAGUGAAGCAACAAGUCUGCACACAUUUGGCCAGGGAGACAAAGGCACAGCAGGGACCCAGUUGUCAGAGACGAACUCGCCACAAGGUGAACAGACAGCGCAAGAACGGCCACAAAACUCGCCUCAUGAUUAG